GUUGAGUUGCGUCUUCCCGCACAACAGCCAAAGAAAAGAAAAAAGAAGAGCGUGGUCAUGUGACCUUACGUAAUCGCUCACGUCUUAUGGGAGAAUACUGUGGUGGACUGACACGCUACCAUUGUUGUUGGAUUUCUGGCUGAACUGAACUUGCUUCACCAGUGACAUCAGCUGUGAAGUAAUGCGGAGCAGCAGCUCAUGGCGUGGAAGUCGAGGACACGAAGUCUGCAAGUGUUUGACACAGAGCAGAGCACCGACUCCGUGGAGUGGUGCCCUGUCUCACCGUGUCACAACAUUCUAGUCUGUGGGACAUACCAGCUGAACAAGGGCACAGCUGGAGAAGAGGCCACACCCAGCAGAAGUGGUCGUUUGUACCUUUUUAACUUUCGUCAAGAUGCUCUGAUGAGUCCACCUCUCACUGAGCUGCAGCAAAUUGACACAGCUGCCAUUUUAGAUUUGAAAUGGUGUCACGUCCCGGUGUCAGGGAAAGCAUUGCUGGGAGCAGCAGCCGCUUCAGGAGAGCUUCAGCUGUAUGGCAUGUCUCUGAAUCAGGACCGCAGCCAUACUCUAAAGGCUGUCCACAGUUUGGAGGUGGGCCCACAGCGGCUGGUUCUGUCACUGGACUGGUCAACUGGUCGCAUGAACGGUAGUAGCGGUAGUGAGGAUGUUCGGCUGGUCUGCAGUGACUCGGCUGGCUGUGUCAGUGUUCAGACUAUGGGUGAAGAUUCUCUGAUGAUGCUUUCUCAGUGGAAAGCUCACGACUUUGAGGCCUGGAUCUCUGCAUUCUCCUAUUGGGACUCACAGCUGGUUUACUCUGGAGGUGAUGACUGUAAACUAAAAGGCUGGGAUCUGAGGGUUGGGCCCUCCUGUCCCACUCUGACCAGUAAACGGCACUCUAUGGGAGUAUGCAGUAUUCAGAGCAGCCCUCACCGAGAACACAUUCUUGCUACAGGCAGUUACGAUGAGCAGGUUCUAUUGUGGGAUGGUAGGAACAUGAAGCAGCCACUCAGUGAGAGCAACAUGGGUGGAGGUGUGUGGAGGCUCAAGUGGCAUCCGACAAAUCCACACCUGCUGCUCGCUGCCUGUAUGCACAAUGACUUCCACAUCCUUCACUGCCAACAGGCCUUAGAGGGCAGCGGAGAACCAUGUCCUGUCGUGACAUCCUACAUUCUCCACAACUCUCUGGCUUAUGGAGCCGAUUGGUCCCGCAUCUCUCUAGAUGAACCUGUUCCCUGCUCACCUCCUGCUACAGAGCCACAGGAGGUGACAAUAGAGGGCAGAGGUCACUUACGGAUUCAGUACGAGUCUCCCACUGCUAGUUUUGACACCUCACUAGAGGACGAUACUGGUAGAUAUAUACCCGAGAGCAUCGCUGCUCCACCUGCUUCUGUUCAUGCACCUGUAAGUGGCUCCUUUAACCCACAAUCUGGCACCCCCUCCAUGUCCAGCUUGCUAGCAACGUGCUCCUUCUACGACCACAUGCUGCACGUGUGGCGCUGGGACUGGACUUCAGACAAGACUGAGCAGGAGAUGAGAUGAGUAAAUAUGGAGCAAUGACUCAAACCAAAGCAUAUGUUUACCUAUGUAAAGGGAAUGAUAAACGCUAGUCAUUAGGCUCUUAUCACAGAUUGUCCAAAAAGCAACAGUAUUUACCUGCAUAUCUUAAAAACUUCUAUUUAAACAGUGUAUAAACAUCCUGCAGUUCAACCAGUCAAUGCAAAUUGGUAACAGCCAUACUAGUGCUCAUACCAACUGUAAUAGCUUUUUUUUAAAGUGAGUUUCAUUUAGAAACUGUUUAGAAAAUGUAAAUGGUAAGUUUUUACAGUAUUGCAUUGUUAUACAAAACCUAAAACGUAUGAAAAACAGAUUGUGCAAUUUUUCAAUUACGAAAUAAAUAUGUUGAACACA